UUCGAUUUGGAUCUUUUUGGAUAACCAAAGUGUUGUUUCCAAUUUGUGAUUACGUCUUACCUUACAUCAUCUUUCAAAAAUGAAGAUUGGGCGAGUGUUUUUGUUUAUUGCACUGUUUAGCAUCACCAAAGUUGUUGGACAAAAUGAUGCCUGUUAUACUCCGGAUGGUCAACCUGGCGUCUGUAUCUAUUACAUUAACUGUGAUAUCAUUGUCCGUUUACUGACACUAAACUCGCAGAAGCGUGACCCCAAUAUUGAAAGCUACGUUCUGCAGAGCAUCUGUGGAAACCGCGAUCUUUCGCAAAUGGUUUGCUGCCCAGGAUUGCGCUUCUCGCAUGAUACCGCCACUACCUCUACAACCACCCGUGCCACAACCACUACUGCUGCCAGCUCUGGAGGGUUUUUCUUCUUCUCCGGUCCAUCAACCAGUGCCCCAAGUCCAAUUACAACAACCCUGUCGCCGCCACCGCAGGGUGGUCUCUAUAAACUACCGACCAAUUCCGUUGACCGCUGUGGAAUGUCCAACGCUUCGCACUCCCGAGUUGUUGGCGGAAUGGAUGCCCAACUGGGAGCGUGGCCUUGGAUGGCCGCCCUGGGGUACCGGUCUAGCAAUUAUGACCUUACCACCGGUCCAACGUACCUCUGCGGCGGAACUCUGAUCACCGCCAGACACGUGCUGACUGCGGCGCACUGCAUCAAUUAUUUGCUCUAUUUUGUCCGACUGGGUGAGCACGAUAUCACUUCCAACAAUGAUGGUGCGAAUCCCGUUGACAUCUACGUAGAAAAAGCUUUUAUCCAUGAACAGUACAACGAAAAAACUAUCCAGAACGACGUUGCCUUGUUACGAUUGCAGAAUAAUGCACCACUGUCGGAUAUGAUCAAGCCCAUCUGCCUUCCGACAGAAGAACCAAUGCGUUCACGCGAUGUGACGUACUACUCUCCGUUUAUUGCCGGUUGGGGUACCACGUCGUACCGUGGACCAACGGCAUCUCGCUUGCAGGAGGUUCAGGUAAUCGUUCUUCCAACGGAUCAAUGUGCGUUCAACUACAAGCUGUACUUUCCGGAUCAAGUUUUCGAUAACACCGUGCUGUGCGCUGGGUUUCCCCAGGGCGGAAAGGAUUCGUGCCAAGGUGAUAGCGGUGGACCACUCAUGUUGCCGCAGCUCUCCGCCAACGGUCAGUACUAUUAUUUCAAUCUGAUCGGCAUAGUUUCGUACGGCUACGAGUGUGCUAAAGCUGGCUUCCCGGGAGUUUACGUGAAAGUCACUACGUACAUACCGUGGAUCGAAUCGAAGCUGAACGCCUCUCAAUCAUGUUACACACCGAAUGGCGUAAUUGGAGUCUGUCAGGCGCUUCCAAAUUGCCCGUCGUUGGUACGGCUCUAUCAGUUCGAUAGGUCACGACAAACCGUUAAUUUCUUGGUCGCGUCCCAACGUAACUGUGGCAAUCGAGUAUCUGGAGGUUAUCCUGUGCUGUGCUGUACCGAUGGAGUACAGUAUGAACGAAAUCCAACAACAACUCGUUCACCUUUUGUGGAGGUUCCAACGACGACGACGACAACGACUACAACGACAACUACUACUACCACUCCGCGACCUACCACAACUACCCCAAGACCAACCACACAGGCUCUUGCAACGUCAGCUCCUCUCCGUUAUGCCGAUUGCAUUGGACCGGAUAAUAAAGAAGGAAAUUGCAUCAGUUUACGAGCAUGUCCCUCAUUACUGAAUGAAUUCCUGCAGCGGCAGAAGGAUCCUGAAUACGUUAGGUUCAUCCAACAGUCGAACGCCAUUUGCAACUACAUUCAGCCGAACGUAUGUUGCCCUCUGGAGACGUACACACCAGCUCCUCCAAAUCCUCCGCCAACAGUAACUCCUCCUGCUCCACCAGCACCAGCCACCGAGGGCCCAAGUCAACCGAAGCAUACUGAUUUAACGACGCUUCCCACCCCCGAAACCGGGUGCGGAUACAGUAAAGUGGAGCACAACCGUGUGGUCGGAGGAGUGCCAGCUGCCAUACAUGGCUGGCCGUGGAUGGCACUGAUCGGCUACAAGAACGCUCUCGGGGAAGUGUCGUUCAAGUGCGGUGGGUCGUUAAUCACCAAUCGUCACGUGCUGACGGCAGCCCAUUGCAUUCGCAAAGAUCUUUCCUCGGUUCGGCUAGGCGAGCAUGACACAUCGACCGAUACAGAGACGAACCACAUCGAUGUUGCCGUUGUGAAGAUGGAAACACAUCCCAGCUAUGACAAGAAAGAUGGUCACUCUGAUUUGGCAUUGCUUUAUUUAGGAGAGGAUGUAGCUUUUAAUGACGCUGUACGUCCCAUUUGUUUGCCUAUUAGCGACCCCAUCCGGAGUCGCAACUUCGAGGGCUACACCCCGUUCGUAGCGGGCUGGGGCCGAACUCAGGAGGGAGGCAAAUCGGCCAACGUCCUGCAGGAACUGCAAAUCCCGAUCAUAUCGAAUGGCGAAUGUCGAAACUUGUACGCCAAAAUCAACAAGGCAUUUUCCGACAAGCAAUUUGACGAAUCGGUAACGUGCGCCGGAGUGCUGGAAGGCGGCAAGGACUCCUGCCAGGGGGAUAGUGGCGGUCCACUGAUGUUACCGCAACGCAGCGGGGUGGACUUUUACUACUACCAGGUCGGAGUGGUGUCGUACGGAAUUGGAUGUGCGCGUGCCGAGGUACCUGGAGUUUAUACCAGGGUGGCGAAGUUUGUCGAUUGGGUCAAACAGAUGGUUAACGAGCCAGUGUAAGGGAGUUGAACGAUUGUACUCAGGUUUUCUUUUUAAGGUUAUAAUAAAAAUAAGCGUACAUUUUUUUUAAA